CCUUUCAGGUUUAGGACCUGCUGGCAGGAUCCUGACGUCGCGGCUCGCAACACAAUUUUCCUAUCGUUUAGCUUGUAUUUGGCGCUCUCUAUAUUCCGGGUUUCUCGUAUAAGAGAAAACAUGGCGUUUUCGUGUGUCUCGACACGGGAUGGUCUCCAGCUUCAUCCAUUUCCCUGCAGUCACCAGUUCAUCCUUCCCGCCUUCUCGCCUGGGUUCCGGGGUUCCGCUCGGGGCUGCUCCCGACCGGCUGUGACGGUCAGCCAUGUCAUCUGAGCCUCCCCCUCCGGUGCCUGCACAGCCCCCCACUCAUCAGCCUUCAGGGGCGCUGCUGGACGCCCCCCGGGACCGAGAACGCUCCCCAUCCCCACUGCGGGGCGACGUGGUCCCAAGCCCCCUGCCCACCCGCCGGACGAGGACAUUCUCCGCGACGGUGCGGGCUUCCCAGGGCCCUGUCUACAAAGGAGUCUGUAAGUGCUUCUGCCGGUCCAAGGGCCACGGCUUCAUCACCCCGGCGGACGGUGGCCCUGACAUCUUCCUGCACAUCUCUGACGUGGAAGGGGAGUAUGUCCCGGUGGAAGGCGACGAGGUCACCUAUAAGAUGUGCUCCAUCCCACCCAAGAACGAGAAGCUGCAGGCUGUGGAAGUGGUCAUAACCCACCUGGCACCAGGCACCAAGCACGAGACCUGGUCCGGGCAUGUCGUCAGCUCCUAGGAGGCCCAGGAGCAUCCCUCCUCCUGGGCUUGGGGGAGACUGUUAGGAGGAGGCGGGGCUGCGAUGGAGAUGACAUUUUCCUGCAGGAGAUGGGGCUUCAAGGGUGGGACGUGGGCCCUUUCAAGUAUCCCCUAGGGGAAGGGGGACCGGAGGGCAGGCAUGUGGUGCUCUCCAUGGGCCACCAGCACAGCCUCCUCCAUCAUCAGUGUUUGCCAUCUGAAAAGCAUUAAACGCAUUUGAAAAGGAGAGGUGCCCCUAGUGGCUGAGUGGAGAGGGUCCAGCUCCAGCCCAAGGGGUGGGUUGGAGGUGGUUUUCUCCUCAACUUCCUGGAGUCCCUCUUCUCCCUCCCUCUGAGUUGGAGGCUAAACAUUCCCAGAUCUGUGUGGCUUACACGGUCUCACUUCCACAGAGUGACUUCCAUCCAGUGCCCCCCAUCUGCUGGGGCCAGGGCAGAGCAGUUUGCUAAUUCUCUGCUUGGUUGGUUGCAGGGGAUCUGGCUUUGGGGCCACACGGGGGACUUUUGAAUUGACAGACUUGACUCUUCGGUGCCUUGAUGUGGGGCAUCACCACCACCUGUCUAGGAAGACUGUGCCUCUAGGGCCCUUGAAGAGCUUUCAGUGAUACAAACAGCUUGCUGCUGCACACGUGCCUGCCAUAGGUUCGCCACCGCUGCUGUAGGAUCUCCUGCCGGCGCUGUGCAGUGCACUGGGCUUUUUCACAUCUUUCUGGUGAGUGGUUCCCUGCUCAGCAGCCAUUGAGAGCAGCUCUUUGGGGUGGCCAUGGGGGUGGAUUAGAAGAGGCUGUGGGAGAAGGGCUUGUGACGGGCAACUGUGUUUCAGAACAGAACUUUCUUGAUCCAGAAAAGAGCAGGUAGCUUGUGUUCUGAUACCCAAAUACAGUGAAAAGUUGGAGAAAUAUGCUUUUCAGUGGUGGUGGUCUUAAAUGUUUAGAGAUUUUUUUUUUUUUUUUUUUUUUUAAGAUAACAGCGCUCUGUCCUCCAGAGCUGAUAGGUCCUUAAGAUUUCUUUUGUAGUGGUUUGUUUUGACUCUAGGUGUGAUUAGAAAAUAGUGGUUGGGUAAUAAGUUUUGAAAUUUUUGGCCUAGUUAAAGAUUUGCUUGUCCAUGCACAGGGGGGUGGGGCGAGACUUUAAUGGUGGCUUGGGGGGCGCUGUGAGGAUGGGAGGGCCAUGUUGAUGCCGGAAGCACUGACAGCCUCGUCAAGUGUCUUGGGGUGUGUUUGGCCUACCUGAUAAGGCUCUGUCUGAAAGGGGAUGGAAGGCUAGAACCUUUCUGCCUUUCUGGUGGAAUGUUUUUAAGUAUGUUGGGUGUGUGCAUAAGUUGCUCAGUUUUUGUUGCCUGUGGUGCCCCUUGAAGGAUACCCUCCCCUUCUGCUGUGCCCUCUGCAGGGUCCAAGGUAUCCUUUUUCUGCUGAGUAAGAAGUGGCCUUGGGUGGCUCCCUGGUGGCAUUUCCUUUGAGGCCUGUCUGGAGUACAGACCACACUUCCAAGCCAUUUCUGCUGAGAGGGCUGAGGGCUCCCUAAGGUUGAGAAUCUUCUGUCCCCUUUCCCUCCCCCAAGCGUCUCUAUGGCUUUGUUUUUGCCUUGGUCACUGUGGCCUGCGGUGGCUCCUUCACUGGUGCCCCAGCAGGCUGUGCCCCACGGUGAGCUUGGAGCUGUAUUCUGCUGUCAAAUGACCUUUGGUUUCUCUCAUUUGGCAGAAUCCUUUGUCAACAGCUUUCUGGGUGACCACACUUUUUCAGUCCAGGAGUAUUCCAGAAGUGUAGGAUAUGGGAGCUGAAGGAGAUGCUCUCUGCUGUCACUCAGAUUCCAUUUACUGAUCGGGAGGGACACAGGAUGCUGGGGGAUGGAUCUGGGAGCAGACCGCAGGGUUCCCAGAUUCAGAUCUUGCUUCCCAUUAGCCACCCUGCAAUAAAGUUUGUUUUGUGUAAGGCUGUGUUUGUCACCAUGGGGCUGGCUUGCCAAGAGCUUAGCUUGUGGGUCAGUAGGUCAGGCCCCCCACCCCAAUGAGGUAACACCUUCUGCUUUGCAGUUCCGUUUUAAGGAGCCGGGGAUUCGCAUUUAUUUAACCAUCAUUCUCCAGCUUAGGAAAGCUGAGUAGCAGGUGGCCCUGCAUGGUAAACGGCUUCAGCUCUUGGGCUGUGGAUAAACGCUCCGUGGUGGUGUUCAGGAUGUUGUAUGGACGAGCGGUUUUCCACUGUCAGCCUGUGGUGAAGAGCAGGAUUUCCAGGUGCAGACCAGCCCCAGUCCCGGGGCAUUCACACCUCAGAUGUCUUGAGAGGUGAGGUUCUCCAUCCAGCAGGUGGGCCGGGAGUGGAGACUACCGCUGUCCCCACCCUCGGGGCCCUCGGGUCACAGCGGGAGUGUCUCCUCGUGUGCUGUGGGGCUGGGGACUAAGGACAGCCAGAGCCAGGUGGGGACACGUGGCAGCCCAAGGCACGGGGACUGGAGUGUGGAGUGCUGAUGGCAGCCACCACUUUGGGAGGGACUUGUGCCUGGCAGGAAAGGUUUUGCCCUAGCCAGUGUUACAAGGGAGAGGGAUAGAGAUGGGCAUUUUUAUUAUUCUGUACGAUCUUCAGUGUACUGGGAAAACAUCAUAGCCAGCCCGCCAAACCUGUGUAGGGAGAGGCCAGCGUUGGCCCUUAGCUCGAAAAGCUAAGAUGAGCUGACUUACACCCAAUGAGUAUUACAUACAGGGGAAGAGGGAGGUCUGGGAAAACUCGGUGGGCGUGGAAGACAUGUUUGGUAAGCCAGCCUGGGGUGAAGCUGUAUGUGAUACUUCUUUUGGGGUGCUAUGAGGAUGGGAGGCUGGUGCCUUUCCU